AUGCCACCUACAUCUUCUAAGAAGCCACCUUCGCUGCGGAGUUUAACUGCCAGGCUGAAGGAAACACAAUCCGCCUUAAUGGAUAUCUGGACGUUUAUCGAAGAUUUUUCGCAAGACGCAACAAUCAACCAAGUGACUGUUCGAUUGAAUAAAUUGGACGAGCUCUGGGAAAGGUUUAGCGAGACGCUUGUGGAAAUUAAAUCGCACGAAGAUUUUAAUACUGAGGAGGAUGCUUACGACAAGGAAAGGCGAGAGUUUAACAACCGUUACUAUGAAAGCAAAUCCUUUCUCAUGGACCGGGCCAAGGAAAGAGAAGAUUCAUCAGUGAUGGAACGAACCACACGCGGUAAUGAUACGGCGGUUGAGGGCGCACUUGACAAUGUGCGGCUCCCGCAGAUCAAACUGCAAACAUUCAACGGUGAUAUAGACGAAUGGUUAAGUUUUCGCGAUUUAUUCACGUCAUUGAUACAUUGGAAGACGGAACUUCCUGAGGUGGAGAAAUUUCACUAUUUAAAGGGGUGUCUUCAAGGCGAGCCAAAAAAUAUGAUUGACCCUCUGAAGAUCACAAAGGCGAACUAUAAUGUAGCAUGGGAUAUGCUACUGAAACGCUAUAACAAUAGCAAACAGCUAAAGAAAAGGCAAAUCCAAUCGCUGUUUUCACUGCCAUCGCUCACUAAGGAAUCGGUGGGGGAAUUGCACGCGCUUCUAGAAGGCUUCGAACGUGUAGUGCAAACCCUCGAUCAAAUCGUUCAACCAUCGGACUAUAAGAAUUUGCUGCUAGUCAAUAUCCUUACGGCGCGUUUGGAUCCAGUAACCCGUCGAGGUUGGGAAGAGGCUUCUUCCACGAAGGAACAAGAUACUUUAGAGGAGCUUACAGAUUUUUUGCAUCGUCGUGUUCGCGUAUUGGAGUCUCUACCAUCAAGGACAACCGACACUAAGACUGCACCAAUUCCACCGGUGAGGCCAAAGCAGUCAACUAUUAGGACCAGUUUCAGUGCAACUAAGACGCCUGGGGGGUGCUGCGUGGCAUGUUCAUCCAAUCAUCCGCUGUUUAUGUGCAGCAAGUUCCAACAACUAUCGGUGGCCGAUCGUGACGGCCUUCUAAAAACUCACGGACUAUGCCGAAACUGUUUUCGGACUGGGCAUCAAGCGAAGGAGUGCCUAUCCAAAUACUCCUGUCGCAAUUGCAAGGGACGCCAUCACACCUUGGUCUGUUUCAAAUCAGAAAGGUUAGGCGAAACAAAGGUGGCGGUGGUUGCUAAGGAUAGCAAUUCAUCGAAUAACAAGGAAUUAAUCAUACCCUCCAAUUCUUCGUCAUCGCAGGUGGCUAACGUGGCAGCCACUGAUAUUUCGGUUUCCAUUCCUACUCAACAACAUUAUUCCCAGGUGUUAUUAGCGACUGCGGUCGUUAUCGUAGAAGAUGACGAAGGAGUAUUACACCCGGCGCGGGCUCUUUUGGAUUCGGGAUCCGAGAGCAAUUUUAUUACAGAACGAUUAUGUCAAGGCAUGAAGGUAUCUCGCAGCAAGGUAGCUGUAUCAGUUUCCGGUAUCGGACAAUCGACUACAAGGGUGAAGCACAGGACUCACGCGGUUGUGCGUUCACGAACUUCAGACUUCUCACGAGAUCUUGGGUUUCUGGUUUUGCCUAAGGUCACCGUAAAUCUUCCUACAACCACAAUUGAUACGUCUGACUGGUCGAUUCCAAAUGGGAUAGAAUUGGCUGAUCCGGCUUUUUUUGAGUCGAAAACGGUGGAUAUUAUUCUUGGGAUAGAGUCCUUUUUCGACUUUUUUACUACUGGUAAAAGGAUUUCUAUCGGAAAACAAAUGCCAACACUAAACUAUUCAGUGUUUGGUUGGAUAAUUUGUGGAGGAUCCAACAGUUCUCAAACUGCUCGCAUUAACUGCAACGUUUCAGCGUCACAAGGAGUGGACGCGUUGAUUGAGCGCUUCUGGGCCUGUGAGGAAAUUGAAGAGAGUAAGGCGCACUCUCUCGAAGAAGGGCAUUGUGAAGAGAUCUUUCAGCGAUCAGUUUACCGAGAAGCAGAUGGUCGAUACUCGGUAGCACUUCCUAAAAAUGACGAUAUUUUACUUAAAUUAGGGCAAUCGAGAGAAAUUGCAUUUCGUCGUCUACAAGGCACCGAACGCAGACUAGCAAGGGACGCUUGUUUGCGCGAGAGAUAUACGGCAUUCAUGGAGGAAUAUAUCCAGAUGGGUCACAUGCGUAAGGUUGAAAGCAAUGCACCAAAUGCUGUUCAACGAUGUUUUUUACCGCAUCAUCCAGUGGUUAAGGAGGCGAGUACCACUACGAAGGUACGAGUGGUCUUCGACGGGUCCUGUAAGACAUCGUCUGGCAUUUCCUUAAACGAUGCGUUACUGGUUGGCCCAGUUAUCCAAGAGGAUUUACGGUCGAUCGUGCUGAGAUGCCGCACCCGCCAAAUUAUGCUGGUGUCGGAUGUGGAAAAGAUGUUCCGUCAAAUCAAUAUUAAUUCAGAAGACAGACAUCUUCAAUCCAUCUUAUGGAGAUCGUCACCAGUAGAAGAAGUCGGGGUGUACGAGUUGAACACCGUAACAUAUGGAACUAAACCUGCACCUUUCCUCGCCACGAGAGUGUUGCAGCAACUAUCAAUCGACGAGGAUGGCAAAUAUCCUUUAGCAGCACGGGCAGCUAGGGACGACACGUACAUGGACGAUGUAAUCACCGGUGCAGAUGACGUAAAGACCGCGAAAGAGCUUAGAGUCCAAUUAGACAAGCUGAUGUUAUCAGGAGGAUUUAAGCUAAGGAAAUGGGCUUCAAAUUAUGAGGAGGUACUGGAAGGUAUUCCGCCAGAGGACCUGGCCAUUCCUGUUUUGGAGGGUUUAAACCUGGACCCAGAUCCAUCAAUCAAAACACUCGGGUUGACAUGGGUACCCAAAACCGACAUGUUCCGAUUUAAAUUUUGCAUUCCUGAUGUGGCGGAGGACACUAAACUGACAAAACGUUCGAUCCUCUCUGUUAUUGCCACAUUAUUUGAUCCGAUGGGAUUGCUGGGAGCUGCUAUCACAACGGCUAAGAUAUUCAUGCAGCAGUUAUGGAUGCUGCAGGAUGAAGAGGGACGUAGACUCGAGUGGGAUCAGCAAGUGCCUGCCAAGCUGGGAGAGCAAUGGAGGAAAUUUGUCUCUCAGUUACCUAUAUUGAACCAAAUCAGCGUUGAGCGCUGCGUUAUUAUACCCGAUGCAGUAUUGACAGAAAUGCACUUCUUUUCGGACGCAUCAGAGAAGGCUUACGGAGCAUGCCUGUACAUUAAAAGCCAAAAUUCGACAGGGGAUGUACUGAUUAGACUCCUCACCUCGAAGUCAAGGGUUGCUCCCUUGCAACGUCACACCAUUCCACGUUUAGAGCUGUGUGGGGCGCUUUUGGCCGCGCAGCUUUACGAAAAGGUACGCCAGUGUAUUAAAAUCCCAAUGGAAACGCAUUUUUGGACGGAUUCCACCUGUGUCUUACGUUGGAUUCAAGCCUCUCCCGCUAAUUGGACUACUUACGUUGCCAAUCGGGUGUCCAAAAUUCAGACGUUAACCGAACACUGUCAAUGGCGACACGUGCCCGGAGUCGACAAUCCUGCUGACUUGAUAUCCAGGGGAAUAUCACCAGAGAAUAUUUUACAGUGCGCCAGAGCUGCGUUGUAUGAAGGCUCCAACCACACCAAUACCGGUAAAAGAACGAAACGAACGAUUGCAAACGCCGAGCCGAGCAGCGAGGCUGAAGUAAGGCACUUUCCUGCUCGCUCUCUGUCCGGUUCGCAGUCGCUUUGCUGGUUCGCGAAAACAGGACGACACCAGUCCGAUAUACAGCAGCCCAUCAGGCAGUGGUCCGUUGCGGUGGUUGGUCGAAAGGGCGUUGCCCAACCUGGGGCACGUUUUGCCAACCAGCAGCAGCAGCAGCAGCAGUAG